UACGACGGCAGCAAGACAGGUGAAUGAUCAACUUCAAACAUAUGAGUCAUGACUCACAUGCAUUUAAGAAAAGGGCCUGUCAGGGUGGUGUGCAUUCACUGUUUACAUGACCAAUGUUCAGGUUUGUGUACUUGUGAAUGUUAUGAGCGUGAUGUUUCAGGUGCACGUUUUGAAACACAGGCAUAUGUUUAAAAUAUUUAAAAAGGUGAAAUUAUAACUUCCAGUUUCGACUAAGUGAGACAUGACGUCUGCUUUGUGUGCAGUGCAGUGGUUGUGAUUCAGAAAGGGGGUUGUGAUAUACUCUACAUCACUUUAAAUAUAUUUGAACUAUUACUGCUUAAUUGUUUUGACAUUAAGAUGGUCUGAUCAAAUGUUCGGUGUGUAUUGUUACAUCAGUAUAAAAUAUUGUUAUAUAAGAAUCCACUGUUAAAGUAGGUAGUUUCACAUGAUGAGUAUCAGAGCAUGUCAGUGACGUCUUUCUAACACCGACAUCUGUUCCAGCUUGGUCUUUAAACUUUAAGCCAGUUACAUUAAUAAUUGUUUGUAACUAAAUAACCGGUCCGUGUUAACGGGAGGAGGAUGAUGAUAAACUCCACACAGGUUUUAUAUUUCGUUCUUAUAGCUUACUUUGACACCGGUCGUUUGAAAUAUUUGUACUUUAUGUUUGUCCUGUUUUUUUACACCCUCAUUAUUAGUUUCAACGUAUUUCUCAUCGUGGUGAUCUGUAUGAACAGAAGUCUUCAUGAACCCAUGUACAUCUUCCUGUGCAGCCUGUUUGUAAACGAGCUGUUUGGCAGCACAGGUUUGUUUCCUUUUCUCCUGGUUCAGAUUCUCUCAGACGUUCACACUGUGUCUGCCUCGGUUUGUUACCUGCAGAUCUUCUGUGUCUACUCAUAUGGAAAAGUUGAAUUUUUUAAUUUAGCCAUCAUAUCUUAUGACAGAUACCUUGCUAUUUGUUAUCCCCUACACUAUAACAGGCAUAUGACUUUCAUCAGAGUAAUCAUAGUUAUUGCUCUGAUUUGGUUUCUCUCGUUUGUACUGAAUAUUUACGCAUUAGUGGCAUUAAUUUCUUUACGACUGUGUGGAAACAUCUUAAACAAAGUGCACUGUCCCAGCUUCUCUAUUGUCAAACUGGCCUGCUCUGACACACGGCACCAUGACCUUUACGGCCUUGUUGUCAGUUCCCUCUCUGUCUAUGUUCCGUUGCUUAUCAUCCUGUACACGUACAUGAAGAUCCUUCACGUGUGUUUCUCUGGAUCCAAACAGACCCGACAUAAAGCUGUCAGCACCUGCACGCCUCACCUCGCCUCUCUGCUCAACUUCUCCUUUGGUGUUUGUUUUGAAAUAUUACAGAGCAGAUAUAAUAUGAACAAUGUACCGAAUAUACUGAGAAUAUUAUUAUCUCUAUACUUUCUUACAUGCCCACCACUUUUCAACCCCAUCAUGUAUGGACUGAAAUUAUCCAAAAUCCGUGUGAUAUGUAAAAGUAUGAUCUAGAAAUGUGUCUUUUUAGGUGCUCAUCUUAUA